GGUCUCCACCGCUUAUCCAGCUGCCUUCCCAAGACAUUUUUGGCUUCUGGCAUUAAAGCCACUUCAGGAUGUUUGGAGCUGAACAGGGAGGAGAAUCCCGGAGAGAAAGGCAGCCUUAACUCCUUCCUGGCGUGCGAAAACAAAGAUGGUUUGCACGUGGUUUGCACGCUUGGAAAUUCAAAUGUAGCGUGUCAGAGACGGUUGCGGGGUUUUUUUUUAUUGUGGUUUGCGAGAUAGGAAGUGUGCGAGGGGAGCUCGGCGCAGUCGCGCAGUCUUCGCACUCAGCAGUGCUACACAGAGGGUAUGCAGGCCGUCUUCCACUUCCAACCGUUCAUUUAGGGACUGUUCGAAGUUGCAAGGGCACUGAAAAAGGUGACUUAGGACUGUUUUUCACACCGCCCCUGCAGACGCUGGGCAACGGGCUCACGUUGUAGAAAGGCGAGGCUUCUUCCCGCCGCAGGAUGAAGGGGGCGGCCAGACCGUGGACUGCGGUGGCCAAACCGGGGAGCCACGGAACCGAACGAGGAAAAGCAUUGCCUGCCGCCGCGAGUGGAAUGAGGCCCUCCAAGUCUUCCACCUCGCUGGCCUUCGAUUCCCGGCUUAGCAAGCUGAAGAGAGCCAGCAGUGAAGACAUGUUGUCCAAGCCGGGAGUUGUCACCACCUCCGGAGGCUCCAGGCUGAAGAAGACCAUCACCGCAGGGGCCAUCGCGGAGCUGGCUGAGAACCGCCUGAGACCCAGCACAGGUCCACCCCCGUCCUCCAAGCGCACGGGCAUCCCUGCGCCGCGGGAGCUGCCGAGCGCCGUCGGCCGAGAGAAGGCGGUCCUGAGGCCCAGGAAAGCUCAGCCCAGCCCCACGUCUUCCGGGGUGCCCACCCCCACCAAGCAUUCCCGCCCCUCCCUCAAGCCCAAGAAUGAGGCGGAGAUCGGCGACAAGGCGGGCCUGGCGUCCCAGGUCAAGGGGCUGCUGGCCGAGGCCAAGACGAAAGACUCGGAGAUCGCCCAACUCCGCCAGGAGCUGAAGAAACACCAAGACCUGUCUGGCUUGGUGGACCUGCCGGUGGAUGGUCUUCCAGCCGAGGUGAAGUCCCUCAUCCAGGCCCUCCAGGAGAAGAACAAGACCUUCCAGAGGGAACUUCUCAGCCUCGGCGAGGAGAACCGACUCUUGAAGGAGAAGCUGAGCCAACAGGGACAUUCGCCGCUCUCAGACACCAGCAGCAGCUUGCCUACUCCGACGACGCAGGAGUCCAGUUUUGGCAGCCCGACUCAACCGUCCCUUGGCAGCCACCCUGCCGGCGGGAGUCCGUGCCUCAACGGGCCUCCGCUGCGCAACUCGGGCUCCUCCAGCAGCGACGUGACCAAAGCCUCCUUGUCUCCGGACGCGUCGGAUUUCGAGCACAUCGUGGACGUCCCGUCCAGGCCGCCGUCCACCGGCAGCAACGUCUUCAAGAGCUCCAGAUGUUCCACCUCGGGGAGCUCGCCCAACACCGCCAGCGACCUCUCGGUGGCCUCGCUCACCGAGAGGAUCCAGCGGAUGGAGGAGAACCACCACUGCACGGCGGAGGAGCUGCAGGCCACGCUGCAGGAGCUCUCCGACCAGCAGCAGGUGGUCCAGGAGCUGACGGCGGAGAACGAGAAGCUGGCCGAAGAGAAGGCCAUGCUGGAGAGCUCCUUCUGCCAGCACCGCGAGCGAGCCGAGCAGCUGAGCCAAGAGAACGAGAAGUUGAGCGCCCUUCUGCAGGAUCGCCCGAAAACGGACGAGAGCAAAGGCAAGGUGCACGAGCUGGAGCUGAGGUGCGCCGAGCUGCAGGAGAAGGCCCAGUUUGAGCGCGAGAAGAUGCUCAACAUCCAGCAGCAGCUGACCAGCAGCUUGAGAGGCCUGGAGAGAGAACAUCAGGACGCUCAAGGGGCGCUCAAGAGCCUGGGAGAGGAGGCCAAGCGGUUGGGCGGCCUCCUGGAGACCGAGCAGCAGAACAACGCCACCUUGGCGAGGACGCUGGAAGACUGCAAGGUCCACCUGGAAGGCUUGAAGAUCGAGAGCCAGUCGCUGCGGUCCCAGCUGGACAGCGAGAAGCGGAAAGCGGCCGCCAUGGACGCCAUGGAGCAGGCAGCCGGCCGCUCGGAUGCGCACGAGCUGCUGCGAGGGAUCCGAGCCGAACGCGACCAGCUGGAACGAUCCUGCAUGGAGCUGAGGCAAGAGCUGUUGAAGGCUCAGAGCGAGGUGAAGACGCUGCAAGGGCAGCUGGCCAAGGUGGAGCAGGAAGGGGCGCAGCUGCAGGCGAGGUGCGCCGGGCAGGCGGAGGAGCUGAGCCAGACGGGGCAGGAGCUGCAGGAGAGGCGCUCGGAGGGCGAGGCGGAGCUGAGGAGCCUGAAGGAGGCGCUCUUCCAGCUGGAGGACCAGGUGGAGCAGCAGCGGGUGGUCAGGCUGCACGACCAGCAGAUCAUCGGCCAGAUGGAGGACAACCUGCUCAAAUUGGAAGACCAGAAGCUGGAUCUGGAGAGGCAACUGAAGAUGCUGAAUAAACGAAUUAAGGAGGACACGGAGGAGUGGCGCCGCUUCCAGGCCGACCUGCAGACCGCCGUGGUGGUGGCCAACGACAUCAAAUGCGAGGUGCAGCAGGAGUUGCGGGCCGUCAAACGGCGCCUCCUGGAGGAGGAGGAGAAGACUGCACGGUUGCAGAAGGAGCUGGAGGAAGUGCAAGGAGGAAGCAGCCGGUUGACCCCGGACUCGGUCACCUGUACAGAGACGGAAGCCGCCAAUCACUGGCCGGGGGUGCCGGUCACUCGCCUUUCGCCAACCCCUCCAGAAUCCUUGGCCACCGUCAAAUCCCUGAUCAAGUCUUUUGAUUUGGGAUGCUCAGGGAGCACCGGGCAAAGCGUGCCCAUCCACAAGGUCUGCCGGAGUCCACUCAGCCACAUCCCCACCCGGACAGCUCCUGCGGCUGCUGUGUCGCCCAUCCAGAGACAUUCCACUUUUACCAACCCCAAAUCGGUGGGAAAGACUUUAUCCAAACACACGGAUCUUCUGGAACUGCCUUUGGGGGAUCUGCUCAAAGGGAGGCACGAGGAGAUGAAGCCGGAUCCCUUCCUACGCAAGAGCCCCUCCCUGGAGUCACUCAGCAAGCCCCCCACUAUGACCUUUGGGGGCCGGAUGUUCACCUCCACGCCCAGCGGCUUAAAACCACCCAGCAAACUCAGUGUGGAGAGGAAGGAUCCCCUGGCUGCGCUGGCCAGGGAAUAUGGCGGCUCAAAGCGGAACGCGCUCUUGAAAUGGUGUCAGAAGAAAGCCGAGGGCUACCCGAAUAUCGACAUCACCAACUUCAGCAGCAGCUGGAGUGACGGCCUGGCCUUCUGCGCCCUCCUACACACCUACCUGCCUGCUCACAUCCCUUAUCAAGAGCUCAACAGCCAAGACAAGAAAAGAAAUCUCCUGCUUGCAUUCCAAGCGGCGGAAAGUGUUGGAAUCAAGCCCAGUUUGGAACUGAGCGAGAUUAUGUACACGGAUCGUCCGGACUGGCAAAGUGUGAUGCAAUAUGUGGCCCAGAUCUACAAAUAUUUUGAAACUUGAAGAAGAGGAGGAGGAGGAAGGAAGGAGGAGGGAGGAAGGAGAAGAAGAGGAAGAGAAGUACGAGCCACUGAAAAAAACACCGCCGAAGUAGCACACAAUCACUUUAAACGAUCCCCUUUUUCGGUUGAUUCCCGCUCGGCAAACGACGGCUCCUGCCAGAUGCCACGGCGUGUGAGGUGGUAGAGUGGGUCCCUUCUUGGCUGGAAACUUCUUGGGCCACGUGCCCAACCGUGCCAAAAAAAGAUACUCAAAGCCAAGAGCCCAACUAUGACUCACAAGGACUGGGCACCUCACCCGGUGUAAAAAUAAUUCUAGCUCGCUUUUUUCCCUCCACUAAACCAAGGUGCCCCGGUGGGUCUCUCCCAGCUGGGCCCCGUUCCCAUUUUUUUAAAAAAGAAAAUGAACAGCCCCAGAAGCUGGGAACUCUGCAGAAGCACAGGAACACCCUUGCCAGCCACACUAAAAGCAUCUGCCUGAAAGUCUCAAAGGCCACCAGCCACAUCUGGAUUGGAACCGGAUCUCGUGAACUGUUCGGAGGAGGGUCUGUUUUCAGAGGAUUGCCCCAAUCUGGAUUAACCUCUGUGCAGUUGCAUCUUUCCUGGGGGGGGGGGCUGUGAAAGUGGCAGGAGGGAGUGUCCAACCUAGGGAACAAGGGAUCACGUGGCGUGGUCUGGUGUCCCUUCCCAACUGCGACACGAACGAGCAGCCAUUCUCAAAUUCUCCUUUUCGUGCAAUUGUUGAGUGGACGGAGGGCCCCCCCCCCCCGAAAACAGGGUUUGUAGACCCCUUCAAGAAACAGGAAGAACAUGGGAGAAGAGGGGCCAGGCUCACAAGCCCUAGAGUUGCCAUGUUUUUUCACCAGCGUUCGUCGCUGCGGUUCUGCCAGGCCGAAAUUCAUUCAGCAGAGUUUGUCUUGUGCAGGCCGCUGAUGAAGAGACAGGCAAACGCUUUGCACACUCAACACCUCCCCAGCGUGCAAUUGGUAAAAAAAGCACAGGAGCAAAUUGAAAAAAAACGUCGGCGACUCCUCAAUUUGGGAUCUCUGCAAAUUAGGAACGCGAUGCCUUCUUUCUGCGCUGUCCUCCACGAGUCUUCAGCAGGAUUAACAAGAGUCUGGUUGAUUUACGACAGCGUUGCUGCCGCUGUCUGGAGUGAUUGAGAACAUCAGAGUCAGUCAAGGGACCCUCUGCCACGAUUUAAGGACGGUUUUGCAACGUCGGGACAGGAGGGUAGAUUCAAGCCCAGGCAGACGGCACCCGUGGUGACCACCACCAGCGUCUCCGAACGGGUGGAACACAGAGCUUGUCAAAUGUUGUCAAAAGUAGUACGUGGGUUGCGUGAUGUUGCCCGAACGCAAACACGUAGCGUGUCUUUGGGUUUCGGGAUCCCCGUUGUAAAAAAGAUGGCGGGAGCUUGAGAUGUAGACAUGCGGAACGCUCUGGGAAUUCCUGGUACCCACUGGGGAUGAGGUUGUCGUGAUGUGAGCAAACACUGAUGCAGGUUCCUUCCUGUCGUGCUACUGGGAUCAUUUGCAGACGGGCACGGGGGAUGCAAGCGAGGGAACUUAGCAAGCCAGCAAGGGGGUCUCAGUGAGGUCUUGUGGUCUCUCUCUCACACACAGACACACUGUUGUUAAAGGGGAAACCAUUGUUUGGAAGAUCUGCUCUGCCCACUCAUUGGUGUCCCAUUGUCUACAUGAGCUCAGUACUGUCCCGGAUGUUGACGAGGUGGAAAGAAUCGGAGGACCGGCAUGGCUGAGGUCCUCCGGGAUACACUUGGGGAAAAUUGGUUGUGUGAAACCAGAGGGCGCGACUCCCAUGGGGGUCUCUGGAUCACCACCAUCUUCCCGGGAACAAACGGCGGGCAUUGGAAAUCAGCACGCGCCGCAGAUUCCCACGGUCGAGAAGGUUAGCUCUGCGCGGGGAAGUGCUCCAGGACAUUGGGUGACGCAGGGGUGGGGUGGACGCAGGGGUCAGUGCCAGGAGGAGUGUGACCCCUUUCCCAACCUUGAAGGGGGAGGGGUCUUGUGCAGGGGUGUGACCUCCCCUCCCAACCUCAAAGGGGGAGGGGUCUUGUGCAGGGGGAGGAGUUCCAGGCACGAGCGGUGGAAGAUGGCAAGAGAGAAAGUGGUUAAAGUCGAGAAGGUUUGAGUUGAGCGUGGUUGCAAAGGGCAAGAUGGCGUCUCUGGGAAAGGUCAGAGGUUGGGGGGAGAAGGGUGGGCAGAGUAGCCAAUCCAGAGAGAAGCAAAGGCACCGCUUACGGGAAUUUGCACGUGCCUUAAGGAAAGUGGAGCGUGGCCGUGCCGGAACGGCUAUCCGGUUGGGGAAAAGUAGAGCCAGAGGGUACAUGCACCGCAACAUUGCUCCCCGCUCGUUUUUUUUCCCGGUUUGAGUUUCCCUCUCUUCUCCAAAGGAACCUUAGAACUGCAAGGGUCCUCCAAAGUAAUCUAGUCCACCCCUCACGCCCAAAUCAUCCGGCCUCAGUUUGAAGAUCUCCAAGGAAGGGUCUUCGCUGGCCACCUCAGGAAGGGCUAUUUUUUCUUCCGCGUGGACGUCUUCACGAUCGAGGCCGGGCUCUCCCUGCUCCCACCUCUUGAGGACUAGAAAGUUAAGAGAAUGUUUUAAGAAAAGUACAGGCUAAGCUGCCUCUCUGGGACACAUCUGCCCUCCAGAUGGAUGGAGGGGGUCACCAUCCUGCAGAAGGGCUCCUCUCUUUUUGAACAUGCCAGAAAAUUGGAAAAAGGUUGGUUCUUCCAAGCAGACGGCAAGAAGCCAUGAUUAGUUUCCAGAUUUGUAAACCGGUUAAAGAAGCUGUUUAGUCCUAGGAGAGCUGCCCCCUCUUUCUCCUGGGUCGCUAAAUUUAUUUCUUAUUUCGUUUAUUCGAAUUUGAUGGCUACCCCUCAGAACGUCUCCGGGCGGCUGUAAGAAUAAAUAGUUAAUUUUGUCUAUUCACAACUACCUCCUUCCCAAUCCAGGCUUAGGGGUACUCUGUGUAUCUCUGCAAAACCUGCUUCAGGGAUUGCGUGUCGGUGUUGUGCACACCCGGAUCCGGAAGUGCAUCGUGUUAGGGUAAAAUUAGGAGAUGCUCACUGCUCACAAUGCACUGGGGCAUCCACAGAGACCCCUCCCCAAAAAAAGACAAGAUGGCAGCCAGCACUUGCAAUCCCAGCCCUGCGGUGCAGUACGAAAAGGGGCGGGGCUCCAACUGCAGGAUUGUGGCAGCCAUUUUGACUCUUUUGACCCAAAUGGCAGACGUCCCUGAAUUCAACAACGGGCCUCUCCGUCCUCCGAUGGUUCACCAGCUCUAUCCCUUGUCUGUACGGUUCUCAUCAGGAGCUGGCAGGGUGUGAUCAAAAUGUCAAGAUGGCGGCUGCCACGGCAGGAUCAAACCACUGCCCGUUUUUUUAUCACUAGUGAUCAACCGUUGUGGCCCUCACCAUCAUCAUUUUGAUUCUACCCUGCAGAAUUCCACUGCUUCCUGCAGAUUUCCCCAAUAAAAUGCGUUCAGCAGCACGCUAGUCCUCCGCAAGGCACUCCCAAACUGCUCCUGAAGCCUGAAAUGUUGGUAUCCCAGGCACAAAUACAAUAUUUUUCAACCUUGGUGACUUUCAGAUGGGUGGACUUCAACUCCCAGAAUUCCCAGUCAGCAUGGCUGGCUGGGGAAUUCUGGGAGCUGAAGUCCACCCCUCUUAAAGCAGGCUGGUUGGGG